CCCUACCCGGAGUGCGUCUCUCACCUGCUAAUCACGAUGAAUAAGUCAUUCAUGUCAAACACCAUCUAGCUCCCCACUGAUUCCAAUCUCAUUUAGCUGGGACAGUAUUAUCCAAGGGAGAUAAUCCCAUUCAGCCUGUAUUGACCAUGACCAGUCAAAGCAUACCAGGCUAUUUAAUAGCAGUGUACGCCUGCAUACCGGCUGUGGUACUCACACUGGUGAUAGUGCUUCUGUAUGUGUUCUGCUCCAAACGUUACCGCCUCAACUGGUAUGAGCGUACACUUUUGGAAGAGAGGUGUUCGGACCAGGUGAGUCCACUGUUACGAAGGGACCAAGCAAAUUCAUUCAUGUCCGGGACAGCCAAAGGAAGAGGGAUACGGGCUGGGAGUUUAAAGACCGAAUGGCUCCUAAACGUCCGCAAGAUGGGGAGUAGUCCCAGUUCGCCAACUGCCGAUGCCAGUGAAAAGUUUUGGGUACCACCGACAGUGAUUGAACGGAAACGAGCGCAGAGUCUGGUACCUUCUCUAUCCCGCAAUGAUAGUGACGAAGAAAUAAGUUCCGGUGUAGUUACACCUGCCUCAAUACCUGGUCUCCGAGAGUUGGCCUUCACCUUUCCCAGUGAGAAGCUGACCGGCCCAAUGAUGGGAUCCGAGGCUGUUCCAUCGACCCCACCCCCUGCCUAUAACCAACGAAGAAGAGCUUCGAUGCACGACGCUAUCGAUUUCACUAAAAUUGACACAAGACUUUAUGACAAAAAGCAACUAGUACGACAGAGCUCUGUCUCAUCACUCCAGGAGGAGCAGCAAGGCUCCAUCAACCUCAGCAUGGAAUACAACAAGGAGACGUCAAUACUCACAGUACAUAUGAUACAAGCAAGGGACCUCGUACCGAGGGAUUUCAGCGGCACCGCCGACCCGUAUUGCAAAGUUUCGUUACUUCCCGAACAAAGGAGUAUAUUACAAAGCAAGAUUCACAGGAAAACAGUCAACCCCGAAUUUGAAGAGGAGUUUGUUUUCGAGGUGUCCUCGCAUAAGUUAGCCGUGACAACUCUGGAGGUGCUAUUGUUUGAUUAUGACCAGUUCUCACGGGAUGAGUGUAUCGGACAAGUGCAUGUGCCACUGGAGUUGGUAGAUCUCAGUGAAAAGGUUAUAUUGUGGAAGGGGAUCGUACCGUGUGAGAAAAAAGAUCAACAUGCUAUAGGAGAUCUGAUGUUCUCGCUGUGUUAUUUGCCCAGCGCCGAGAGACUUACCAUAGUUGUUACCAAAGCCAGGAAUCUCAGGCACUCAGAGGAAGGGAAGAUAACUCUAGCUAAGAAGACACUUGAUCCGUAUGUGAAAGCAACCUUAUCCUUUUCUGGGAAGAAGUUAAAGAAGAAGAAGACGUCAACAAAACACAACACAACAAAUCCUGUUUGGAAUGAAGCACUGGUGUUCAACCUUGGCAAGGAGUUCCUCAACAAUAUAUGCUUGGAGCUUGCAGUAUACCAUGACAAUAAGAUCGGUAACGAUGAACUGCUGGGUAAAACUCAGCUCGGUCCCACCUCCGAAGGAGACGAGAUUGCUCACUGGAAGGACCUGAUCAGUGCCAAGAGUGCAGUUGCUAGGUGGCACAACCUCAGCUGACGCCAGGACGACGACGAGAUGACGGAACUAAACAAAACCAUGUGUCUCAAAUGGUUGUGAAGUGGGGAUGACCAACGUCAAUACUUCAUGGGUUUAGGCUUUCGUUACAUUCCUCCAUCGCCUGUGACUACAUCUGUGGUGGUGUUGCUAAUUGAAACAACAUCCUGGGGAUGAUGAUCUGGUUUGGGGAUGAUCUGGUUCAGGGAUGAUGAUCUGGUUCGAGGAAGAGCAAAGCCACCAGUAGGUGCUCCGGGUAAUGAACAUUUUGAUAGGAUCCCGCAGCUGGCAAUAUUUCUCAUACAACAUCUGCAGAGCUGUGGCUGAGUCACUCCACGCAUUGAUUUCAAGGGUUUGGCACUCACUGGAAUCUGGUUUGGUGGACAUGUGGUUCUUCUUGGCCACUAUAUAUUCAGUAUUGGGCAACUGUAUUUCUUGCACACAUUUCAUGCAGAAAGUACAGCCCAUUUGAAUUUUAAAAGUUAAAUGACUCAUGUCACAGUUUAAGAAACACAUGUGUCACAACUAUGCUGCAUUGUGUCCAGAUGUAUCCAUGGCGAUGUUUUUGUUUGUUACUUUGGUUUGGUUUGUUGUUUUAACUCCGCACUCAGCAAUAUUCCAGCUAUAUGGUGGUGGUCUGGAAAUAUUUGAGUCUGGACCA